GUUUUGCGUCGCUGUACUGUUUGUAGCGAUCUCAAACUUGAAAUAAAGUCUAGCAUCUACCUACAAAUUGUAAACAUUACAACAUGGCGGAAUUCGUGAAUGUCCGACAAGUUCUCUUUUUACUAGUUUUAUCAUGUUUAAUUUUGUCUCAAAACGGGAUUUCAUCUGAACAUGUGGGCAAGAGGAACGUUCUUCUCUUUAUAGGUGAUGAUGCAGGAUUCGAAAGCCAAGUCUACAAUAACACAGUGUGCAAAACUCCUAACAUCAACGCCCUAGCCAGAAAAAGCGUCAUCUUCAAGCAUGCUUUCACGUCAGUCAGCAGCUGUUCGCCGAGUCGCUCUGCUAUACUUACAGGACUCCCACAGCAUCAGAAUGGAAUGUAUGGCCUCGAAAAUAGCGUUCAUCAUUUUGUGUCGUUUGAUCAAGUCCGUAGCCUUCCAAUUAUACUAAAAAAUGCUGAUAUAAGAACAGGAAUUAUCGGCAAGAAACACGUUGGACCAGAAUCCGUUUAUCCUUUUGACUACUCAAGGACGGAGAUGGAUCCUCAUUUAUCAAUACUUCAAGUUGGCAGGAACAUUACUCAAAUAAAGGAGUAUGCUCACGAGUUUUUGAGUAGCAGCGAUGCGAGACCUUUCUUCUUAUACAUUGGCUUUCACGAUCCCCAUCGAUGCGGUCACACACAUCCCCAAUACGGACAGUUCUGUGAGAAGUUUGGUAAUGGUGACCCAGGAAUGGGCCUUAUUCCUGAUUGGGUACCUACUAAAUACGACCCAAGUGAAGUUGUUGUACCUGGUUUUGUACAGGACACCCCGAUUGCUAGAGGGGAUAUAUCUGCACAGUAUACAACGAUAAGCCGUAUGGAUCAAGGAAUUGGUCUCAUUUUAAAGGAAAUUGAGCUCGCCGGACACAAAGACGACACCCUCGUCAUCUUCUCUUCAGAUAAUGGUAUUCCAUUCCCCAACGGUCGGACAAAUCUCUACGACUCUGGUAUGUCCGAGCCCCUCCUCGUCUCAUCUCCGGCUCAUCCCCAACGGUGGGGACAAGAGAGUAACACCUUAACGUCGCUAGUCGAUAUUGUCCCAACGAUCCUGGACUGGUUCGACAUCCCAUACCCUAAAUAUACCCUAAACAGACGGACGGUGGAACUAAGCGGGAAAUCCCUUCUGCCAAUUUUACUGAAGGAACCGAGCGAAGGAUUUGACACAAUCUACGCGAGCCAUAACCUGCAUGAGGUGACCAUGUAUUACCCGAUGCGUGUCGUACGCGACCGGAAGUACAAACUGAUACACAAUUUGAACUUUCUGUCGCCGUUUUCAAUUGAUCAGGAUUUUUUCAUUUCACCGACGUUUCAGGACCUUUUAAAUCGCACAAGAUCAGGAGCUCCAACCCACUGGUAUAAGACCCUCAAGAAUUACUACUACCGAUCUCAGUGGGAGCUCUACGACCAUCAAUCAGACCCUCUGGAAGUAUCGAACCUGGCUCAAGAUCAGAAUUAUUCAACGGUGCUGUCCGGACUGAAGGGGAAGAUGUAUCAAUGGCAGAAUAUGACUAAUGAUCCGUGGAUUUGUUCACCGUGGGGCGUGCUUGAGAACCAGGGACUGUACUCAGAUAAUCCACAUUGCUUUUCUAUGUACAAUGGGUUAUAGAGAGAGUCGGCUGCUGAUGUAAGGUAAGGUUAUUGUAAUGAAUAAUGAAGGGUGCGUUGGUCGAGGGGCUGAGAGCAACAAGUUCAAGUUCUGGUGGUUUAGUCAUGAGGGUUUGGGUUUAAAUCCCAGUCAUGACACUUGUGUCCUUGAGCAUG